AAAUGUUGAAGACAGUCAUAGCCUGUACUGCGCGCGUCCAAGCCUCCUGCCAAAGUCCUGCGCCUCGGUCUGAAUAUCGUGCUGCAGUACGGGUCAUUACGCGAUAGUGACACACUAAUGGUGGCGUUUAAAGACAAUUACCGUGCACCAGUUUUGUGAGCAUGCCCCUGACCCACCAUGACAUUGUUUAUCGACGGUUGGCUCCGUCACUGACGGGGUGCAGCACGGCGGAGGGGUGUUCAACGAAUGAUUAUCUCAAAGGGCAGCCAGGUCACCAAUGCAGCAAACAACGUCGGUAUGCUGCGCGUAUCUUGAGAUAAGCGUUAUCGACCUGGCGUCAUCCGGUGGGCCCAGAGGAACAAUCAGUGUCGCCGAGGUACGCCAACUCCGCAGAGCCUACAUAGUCAGCCCACUCCGUCGUGAGCGCUACUCUGACGCUGGAACACCAGCCACCGACGGGGAUCAGGAGUGGACAAUAGUGAAGGAACUGGAGGAGGCGUGACCUAAAUCACGGACAACGAAGCCAACUGAGGCGGCGUCGGUGCAAGCUCGAAAAAUGAAGCUCUUAAAUACUGUUAAAAAAUGAUGGACACACUAUAAACGGCGUUUAAAGCAACGCCGUAACUGGCUUGCUCAAGCACAGAUCUUCUCAUAAAUCGAUAUCGAUAAUGAAAAGACACACAAAGUCAUACAGUAUGGUUGGUUGUGAGGUACGCGAGACUGUAGUUUAUGAGAAAGCACCACAUGCGUGUACGCAGCGCGAGAAUCGGCAGGAGGGUAAGGAAGUCAAAAAGAAGAUAUUCCGAUUCACGAUGGCGACCAGUACCAAGAAACGACAACAGAAAGAAAUAUCAGGGUCGCAGACCGACGUCUGCUGUGCUAGACUGGGACCAGCCAUGCAAGCGAAACAGUUACCCAUGCCGGGGAUACAGCCACCGAUGCUAGGGGCAUUGCCUACGUUCCCGCUGGCGGCAGCACCGAUGUCUCCGACGGGACCAUCCAUGCCGACAGACGGCGAUCUAAACGAAGAGUUUAGCGACGACUUCACCGACGACGAGGAGAACACGUCGGACUGCGUCGGCCCCCAGCCGUUGCCGUGGUCCCGGUUGCCGGCCAACGGCAGCUCGCGCGACCAGCCGUCAGCGCCGCCCGAGGAGCUGUACGCCGUGCCGUGGAAGAAGCGGUCGCAGCGCCUACCGGAGGUCUGUGUGGAGUUCUCCACCAAGGGCGGAUGUCCGUGGAAUCCGUGCGGCCACCUGCACGUGUGCGCCGACUUCGUGGAGGGCCGGUGCGUGCUGUGCCGGUGUGGGCGGCCGCACACGCUGCGUACGACGCACAACGGCGCGAUACUGAGCCAGCUCGGCUGGCGACAGGACGAAGAUGACGAGGUUCUUCGCUGGCUGAGCGUGCGUGGCCGCUGCGUCGCCGUGUGGGCGGCCGGCCUGCCACCCAUCUGUUUCGACUACGUAUAUGACAGAUGCCUGAAGAGCUCAUGCGAUGAGCUCCACGUGUGCAUCGGCUUCCUCACGAACACCUGCCAAGACGACCACUGUCCUCGCAGUCACGAGCUGGCCGAUGCCGGUAGGAACACGCGCGUCAUCAUGAAGGCUGGCUGCGGCGAUGUACCCGUCGCCAAGCUGCGCAGUAAGAUGGCCGCUCGGCUGCGUGAGCCGGUCGGAGCGUCAAUAACUAGCGUGCGCAAGAAGCUGGGCAGUUUGUCCUUCACGUAGUUAAUGCUGGACGGAGGCACAGCCAGGGUGGAGGACACAGGGUCGACAAAGGGCCUCUUAGGGUGAAAGACCUCCAAAAAAGAAUCACCGGAUAUUUCCCAUUUCUUAAUGAUGGGCUUUCUUUGUGAUUCACAAUUCUUGUCUUCAAUAACUGGAGCAGAAGCCAGAAGCUACGGUGAGAUCAGGUCUGUUCGAAUUUAAAGGCAAAAACCGAAGGAGUCGGGCGUUAAACGACAGCAAAGAAAAGGCCGCCGGCGGUCUUUAUUUUGCUGCGAUUUAGUGGAGUCCCUUUAAACCGAUGGCAUACAGAAGCUUUACCAGAAGUUUGAACUGAGUUCCAUGCAGAUAUUGAGGAACCCGUAGACGUGCGGUGGAUCAAAAUUGCGUCAAAAACCUGCACUUACAUGACCAUUCCAUGUCCGUCCGGAACUGUUUUACAUCCGGUCAUAUGUGAACAAUGAAAAAAUGUAUUUAACUUGGUUUUUGAACAUGCAUACUCGCAAAUCUUAGCAACAAAUUUUCGACGCACUGCGUUAUAGCCUCUGCUGGUUGCGUGGCAUUGGCUCCGCAGCUAAGCCGUUACCAACGGGCGAACAAAAAUGGGGACGCAUCUGAAAGAAGUGCCUUUAGACGAUUCAGGAUAUCAACUUGCACAUUCAAGAAGGCAUUUCAGUCGUCUUUUACCUUUGCAAUUUUAAGAAUGACACUGAGAGUAAACCCCAGUUCGGCUCAGCUGGCAUUGGCCGGAAUGGGCUGGACACCUCAUCGUUUGGUACUGGGGCUCCUGACUGACACAGGGCCCCGAUCAUUGCUUCAGGGACCCAAAUCAAUGCAAAUGAUAGGGCUCUGCCCUACUUCUGCAUGAGAAAUGGGCCCCAGGGCUCAGACCGACACGGAGUCAACUGCUGUUAGUGGUCUCUGGUCGAUGUCAAGGCCCUUAUCGAGUCAGGGGGUCCCCGAUCGGCGCAACAGUCCCCCUGACCUGAGUAACUUGGUAAAAGGUCCACAGGCCCAUGCCGACACGGAGCGGAUCGUGCGGUACUGGUGAUGUCUGACCGACAUAUAUGCCCUUGUCGACUCAGAGGACCCAGUUGGGCACAAAGUGUACUCUGGUCCUAUUUGAAAUGCCCGGCCCUGCGAAUGAAGUGCCCGGCCCUGCGGGCCGUGAGUUUAACCUCCGGGCGGCUUGGAAUAUAAGGGGGAGGGGCACGUCCCUCCUGUGCCCCUCCCACUUCCUGCGCCGCUGGUGCUGGAGUCAGCAAAGAAUGCGAAGGAAGGUGGGCUAGAAUAACUUGGAAUGUAGCAAAACAAAUAGUUCUUCCAGAGACACCGCAGUUUGUGCACUCGUGACAAGUAAGCCCAUUGUUUGUCGAGAGAAAACGAUGAGCGGCUGCUGUAAUGUGCGGUGAACUCACUCUACGCCUAAUAAAAAUCAGUGACGAGAUGGCAUUGGCCAGAACCGCGAGGGGCAGUGGCUGAUAGCGUUAUAUUGAACCUUUACACCCAUGGGGACGUGCUGACGGAAACAAGAUCCCUUCAAUUUGCCAAAACCGGGAUUUUGUUUCCUCCAGCUCUUGCGGUCUGUUUUUCAUGCUCUUCCAAUCAAAAAUCAUGUUGAGGUCGGAUGACCUUCCAAACUGCAGCUUUACCAUACCCUGAUUGGUUUUUCCCAACUUCAGAGCCGUGACUACACUCGUAUCCAUACUGCACCUUUCCCUUGAGCGCUGGACGUUACGUGGCCCUACCGGAGUAGGCGAACGAGCUUCGAAUCGGAGGUGGAGGAGCAUGCCUGGUUCCCCACGAGUUGUUUUCGCGGCAAAAUGCAAGGCUCACUCAGUUAUGUGGUUAUGUUAUGUUAUGUGGAACAUAAUGAUGAACUGAUCUGGAGUUCCUGCCAGUGAUCCUGGCAACACCGUCACCUCUAUCCGAGUGAGGCCUCCCCAGCGCCGUGAGUGACCGACGAUGCGACAGUUGGCCCUCCCCAGCGCCGAUAGUGACCGACGAUGCGACAGUUGGCCUUCGAAAGCUGACAAUCGGAGCUGAAGUUCUGCACAAACAGCUCUUAUCACGACAUCCGUGUUGUUCGCACCACCGCCUCACCCACUGUCGGAUGUAGCGUCGACACACUCCGGGCUGGAGAAGGGAGAUCAUAUUAUUAUGACAAACACUUUAUCCUUCUUUCGUGCAGUUACAGAAUCUUUGACAAUAUGAACUCACGUGAUACCAAAAUGAUUCUGCCUAAUUUGUGUGAUGCGAGAACCUUCAUAUCUAAGAAAAACAACGGCCCAUUGACAAACUAAAGAAAAAGUGGUUUCACAACAAAACAUCCAUCGGUCCUUUGACAGUGUAAGUAUGAUGGCUUUAUACCUGUUCCUGCACGAUUUUUGGAUGCCUGAAUUCGUGGCAGGGUUCUGUCUCCCUCCCCAGAUCUAACAAUAUAAAUAUAUCCCACUGAUUGCAUCGAGAGCAGACUUCAAGCAUAUUGCUAUCGCCUGAUCUGCCCAUUUGCAAACCUAACAAUGAUAGUUUUACAGGACCUCUGAUAGCGAGCAAGGAGGCGAGCACCAGUUGCCAACCAUGUGCCCAA